AUGCCCCCAGGAAUUGCCUUGCUGCAGCAGCAUUUCUCUGAGUGCUGGUUUGCAUUUGGCGCCUCUCUGCCCCACAGAGCAGUGGAAAAGGAAAAUGCUGAACAAGCAGCCCUGGAAACACACCUCCCUUUUCAUGCAAGCUCCGCCUUUAUUGUUCCUCCACCUGGUGAUUGGCACAGGCACAAAUGUCAGCGCUGCCCUCUCCCUACAGGAAACACCAUCACGUAUGCUGAGCUGCAUGUGAAGCCCCAGCCCCAAGGGAGCAGCAGAGCAGAGACUUCCGCUCCUGGCUGCCAGCACAGGAGCUCAGUCUGGUUCUACGUGGCCCUGGUCCUGGCAGUCCUCGUGCUCAUCCUGCUGGGAAUCGUGGCCAUACAAGCCAAGCAGUUUUUGAAGGGCAUAGCAGGAAAAUCAGGAAGUUUGCCCCAGUAUGGUCUGAACAGCACCAGCAGUGACAUUUCUUCAGAGAGGACUGUCUCAGCACUCCUGAAACAGCUCGUGGAGGAGCUGUGUGAAGAUGGACAGGGGACAACGUGUGAGCUGUGUCCCCCUGGCUGGCAGCUGCACAGGGGCAGAUGUUACUUCUUCUCUGAAGAGGCCAGGAGCUGGGAGGACAGCCAGAAAAACUGCCUGGCCAGGAAAUCUCAGCUGCUUGUCAUUGAGGAUGAAAUUGAGAUGGAAUUUAUAGACAGCAAAAAUAAAGAUACCAAAUAUAUCUGGAUUGGCUCGGACAUCGAAGACAAGGAGAAAACACAGAGUUCAGUGGAAGAUCACAGAGUAAAAGAAAAGAGCAGGACAGCUCCAAAAAGCACUGAGGCUGACAAGAACUGUGCUGUUUACAGAAGGAAAAACCUGAUCCAGACAGACAACUGCCAGACCUUAAAAGAGUGGAUCUGUAAGAAGAAUGCAACUUUGCUGGUGCUCUGAGCCACAUUUCCAGAUAGCAGGCAGAGCUUCUCAUCAGAACACCCAUUUUACAGAUAAACCAACUUGUGAUCAGACUUGCAGGGAAACUUGCACUUUGCUGUGCUGUGCUCCCCAAGAAGUCAGAAGACAGGUCCUGCAACGGGGCUGCAAGCUGGCACAUGAGGAUUCUGGGGUGCUGAGCCUUCACACUGACAGAUUUUGGCAGCAGCUGCCUCAGGAAGGGUCAGAGGAGAAGAGAUACUCGUGGGGAGGAGCACUGUGCACAUAAACAGUGUGAUGUGCAGGAAUUGUGGCCCCUGUGGGGCAUGAAAGGUGUGCUGGGCCCUCUGCUGUCAUCCCUGCUGAGCUCAGGACUUCUUAUUUGGGUUUCAGGAUUUUAGUGUUUGUUGAAGUUUGUGGCCUUGGGGUUUUGUGGUUUUUUUCCUUGGGGUCUAUUUGUGACUCACAGAAGCCACUUGAGGGCUGGGAAAAAUGCAUCUAUUGGACAAUGUCUUAUUUAAAGCUGCUGCACAGCUACUGGGUGUGGACAGCAGAUCAGGCAUGGAGUGACUUCUAACACUUGUGGUUAAUGUGCUGAUUGCUCCCAUCCUCUUCUGCUGCUGAGCCUUGGAAUCUGAAGGGAUUAACUAGGGAAGGGGCUUGGGCUGCAAAACAGCAUUGCAGUGCAAGGAAAUAAAGUUGGUAACCUUCCUCUCCACCUAUAUUUUGUCCCUUUACAUUAUAAAUUCCAAUUUACAUUGUAAAUUCCACAGUUAUGGUAUGAUGAGGUACCAAAGCCAAAGACUGCUGAAAUAAAUACCUGGGAGUGCACUCAGUAAAUGCAUUACUUGGGCAUUGAAAUGUCAUAAAUAAAUGCUAUUUCUGGGUCUAGAACACAAAAAUGCUAAGAGCAGUCUGGCCUAAUGCCUUUAUUAGAUUACCAUGUUUGACAAAAAUGAAGAAAUGUCAUGAAUUGAUGGUGCUACUCUUAACAGAAAUGGCACCAACUGGAAUUAAAGUCCUUGCAGCAAUGAGAAACAAGUGUAACAUGGCUUUUGAGAUGGUGAGCCUUUACCUCAUCUCUGCUGUGAUGCACACAAAUCAAGGCAGCUGCAGUUUCUCAGAGAUGUUUUUUCAUGCCUGUGCAUGCCUGGGGAGGGUUAAUGUCCAGCACUUUAGGGCUGCAGAUUAAAAAGUGAACUGUACCCUCAGGGACUUCCCUUCAAACAACAACAACAACAAAAUCCCAGCACAGAUUUGUCACGCAGAAUGCAGCAUCAGCAGCUCAAGACCCAUGAGAAACUGCUGUUAUGUAAGAGGAAACAAGAAAAAUCCCCCAAACUCAGCACAGCACGUGAGGGGAAGAGGAUUGGUUUGCUCAUUCUAGACAGAGAAGCAAAGAAAAGGAAAAAGUCUGAAAUGAGUAAAAUCAUCAUCUAUACCUAUAUAAUACAUGCUUUAUAGAGAGAGAAUUUCUGACUGCUGAGAAAUUUUCAGGGUACUCACAGCACACCCUUCUCCAUGCAGUAGAGUUGACAAUUGCUGGUUUUCUGGCAGAUCUAUCUUGACUCAUGCUGAAUUUAACAAGAAAAACAAACUCCUGCAUGCUGGCUUCUCUCAGUUGUGGUGUUAAGGUUUUAACAAUAUUCAUAAAACAUCGACAAUUUGGGCCUUCUUGCUAUUAUUCAUGUAAUUAAACAAGUUUUUGCAGGGCCUUACUGAAGUUCUUACCUACAUUUUAAGCAGUCACUUAUUUAAAGGAAAAAAAGAAAUUACCAUUGAAGUACUUCAUCAAACUCCACUCUGAGUAAAGCAAGUUGGCAGAGUUUGCAGCUUCACUCUUCUUUUCUUAACACCCCCAAGGAAGUUCAUUGCAUCCGUGAGGAGUCAGAUUCCAAAAGAGCUUUCACUUUUUAACCUUUUAUUAAAAGUGUGACUCAUUAUGAGGUGUUAAAAAGGGAAAAACAUUCUUUUUUGGAUCAAAUAUUCUGCUCCAUGUCAGCCCCAACAUUAUGAUUAAAGAUUUUUUCCAUGUUCAAAACAUGAAUAUUUUACUUCGCUUCAGAUUUUUUUUUCACCAAAAUGGUGCCUGAGAUGAAAAAUACUUUUUAUAUCUCAAUAUUAAGAUACAAACCACUGUAAUUCAGGGGCUCUGUAAAGAUAUUUAUUAAGUAUCUUUUCAGGACUAUUGCACAUACCAUAUCCUUCAGAAUCAGGUUAAUGUGAAAACAUUGCAGAAUAACACCUUUCCCCCAACAUAAAAAAUAAAUAGAUAAUUAGGCUUUUAAUACUGUAGAUCCUGUUACUGUGCCUAUAAAGAAUACAAACAAUUAAGAAGUCUAGGAAGUGUAAUCCAGCAAAAUUAGUGGUUAUAUUUAAAUAAACAUCUGAAAGGCACAAGCUGCUGACAGUAUCCAUGUGUAUGGUCCUGCUACAGUCAAGUCCUUCUGUCACAGAAAAUAAUGGGGGUGAACUUCCCAUCCUUCCUCCCCUGGAAACUUCAUAGUUAUAUUCCUUCCAAGCAAAUUUGCUUCCUCUGGGUCAAAUGACACUUUUAAUCUUUGGACAACCUGAUAGACACGUGCAGGACUCAGACAAUCAGGGGGAUUGUGCCCUAAUCCUGUUCAGGCUCCCAGCAAUCCAAGAGCACUGGAGGCUGCUGCUGAAAAUGUCACCUACACCAGGAAACACUGACUGUCCACCUGGAAAUGUCCCCUUGCUCAGAAGCCUCACCAUGACAGGCACAGGGCAAAAGGGAGACAUAGAGAAAUAUCCCUUGCUGUUAAUUCUCUCAUUCCCUUCUCCUGAUUCUGCCUCCUUGCACUGAGGACUACUCCUACAUUUA